AUGGACGCCGUUAUCACGCCUAUCGAGCCGGUGAAUACCUUUGUGACAGACCUUCUUCCGAAUGAUGAGAAGGAGCAAGACCGUUUAGAUCUUUUGCACCACAUCUUCCGCAUGACUCUCGGCGGUGAAUUAUAUCGUGCGCCUCUCCCGUCGAACCCACAGCGAAUCCUCGACUUUGGAACUGGAACAGGAAUAUGGGCGAUCGAUAUUGCUGACGAAUUUCCGAGUAGCGAGGUCAUUGGCACUGAUCUGAGCCCAAUUCAACCGACGUGGAUCCCGCCCAACUGCAAAUUCUACGUGGACGAUGUCGAGAGCGAGUGGCCCUAUCAACCGGGAGAGGAAUUCGAUUUUAUCCAUGGACGUGGGAUGGGAGGUAGCAUUGCAAAUUGGGACCAGCUGUACGAACGGGCGUACCAACACUUAAAACCCGGAGGCUGGAUUGAAAUGCAAGAAUAUGAGACAGACGUGCAUUCCGACGACAACAGCUUAGACAACGCACGUUUGAUCAAAAAGUUUCAGCGCGUGGGAGACGAAGCCAGUGCAAAAUUCGGGAAGCAGUUUAAUGUGGCAGGAACACACAAACAGAGAUUGAUCGAUGCCGGGUUUGUCAACGUUAAGGAUGAUGUUUACAAGAUUCCCAUUGGAUCUUGGCCCAAGGACCCGAAAAUGAAAAAGCUUGGAUGCUAUCAAUUAGUACAAGUUCUUUCUUCCCUGGAACCAUUCAUGAUGGCCCUCUAUACCAGGGUGAUGGGGUAUACUGUGGAAGAAACCGAAGUACUGAUUGCUGGGGUCCGCGCAGAGUUCAAAGACCCGAAAAACCACCUCUAUAGCCAGUUCCAUUUCAUUCACGGGCAAAAGCCCAUGGAGACCUAA